AUGGCCAUGCACGCGCACACCGCUGGCGACUUCUACCAGCUCCCGCGCCAGCAGGGCCGCAUCAGCCCCGAAGCCCAAGCCGAUGUCGAGCGCUAUGGGCCAUAUGUGGCGAUCUACAACGAGUGGCAGCGGGCCCAUUUUCAGCCUGCUAUACAUCGACUCAAGCAACGCCUGAGCGUCGUCGAUGGCAGGCAGGUGCGCGAGGUUCUGGUUUUGUCCCAAGAGUGGGCCCUUUUCGAGAGUGUGGCCAUGCGCCACCUCAAGCUCACGCCGAACUUGCGCGCGCACCUGCUCAGUACCACCAAAAAGCUUCUCGACAUGGUCGGCAAGUACUGGGGCAACUACUAUGCUGCUGUGGAAAGGCGCUCGCCAAAGGAACUCCAGAACUCGCCGUAUCUCCUGCGUGACCCAGUGCUCGAGGGGCUCGUCAAGGACUGGUUCAAGAAGGUCAAAAUCGACAGGCGCGCGCUGCGAGACGGCAUCGUCAACUCCAGUGCUGAGAGGGGGCAACGUUACUGGGAUAUCUUCCGCGCCGGCCUGCUUCGAAAGCUGACAGCCACCGAGAGAGCAAAGCUACGACAGCCAACCCAGCGCUUUCGCGAGAUCCCAGACUGGAAAGCGCGCUUCCAACUGAUGGCCAGGAGCUUCCAAGCAGACGUCGAAAUGGCGCCCUUCAUCGUGGACCCCAUCACUCUAGGAGGAGCUAUCGCGUAUCGCAACAGCGCAGCUUUCUACACCGACGGUCGCAGCAACCAAUUGCAGUACAUGGUCGACUGCAUUUACGAGAUCCUGGACCACAUCUUGACGUGGCUUGGCAUGGCGGAAUCCUGCGGUGAGGAAGCCAUUUGUGCCUUCCUCGAGGUCCAUAAUCUCUAG